GAGAAUGGCUGCCAUGGACUGGGAACUGAGCAGGUCUGCUGUCCUCUUCACCUAUUCUGUGCUUUUCUUCCUGUGGACAGUGCAGAGGGCAGAAACUCUCAGCUAUCUGGACAGUAAUGAAGGCACAGAGAGUGACCAAAGCCGAGAGGAGGACGUGGCUCAAUGGUGGGGUGAAUGGAGCUCCUGGUCCACCUGCACACGAACCUGUGGAGGAGGGAUCAAGACCCAGGAGCGUCACUGUUUACAGCAAAGGCGCAUCAUUUCACAGAGUCCGAAUGGCACCUUUUGUACUGGAUCAGCACGGCGUUAUCACUUGUGUGAAAUUCGGCCCUGUCCAAGCAAUGGAAUCAGCUUCAAACAGCAGCAAUGUUCUGCCUUCAAUGCUAAAGCAUUCAGUGGUCAGUACUACCACUGGGUUCCCUUGUAUCCAGAUGACUACAUCAACAUUUCUAAUAAGCCAUGCGACUUGCAAUGCACGACUACGAACGGAGAGAGACAGUUAAUAGUCCCCGCACAGGAUGGAACAUCGUGCCGGGACAGAACCUAUCAGGGUGUCUGCAUCAGCGGCAGGUGUGAGCCUGUGGGGUGUGAUGGGUUGCUGUUCUCCUCUCAACGAUUGGAUAAGUGCGGACUUUGCGGAGGUGACGGCAGCACCUGCUUCCGGAUCUCAGGCACCUACCGAAGGGGAAACACACACUUAGGCUACUUGUUUAUAACAAACAUUCCUGUUGGUUCGUCUGACAUCCAAAUCAUUGAAAGGAGGAGAACAGAAAAUAUCUUGGCUCUGGCAGAUGAAAGUGGACACUUUUUCUUCAAUGGAAACCCAGUGAUGGAUAACCCUCGGAAUUUUCGGGUGGCCGGGACUGUGUUUAAGUACCGGAGACCGACAAACCUGCUCUCUGAUGGGUUUGAGUACAUCAUCGCACAAGGACCCACAGACCAGGGGCUGAACGUGAUGUAUUAUAACCUGAAUGGGAAGAUUCCUCAUGUAACCUACGAGUACACAAUCCCACGUCCUCCUGUCCUCAAGCCGGCGCCCCCUGUGGUAACACCGUUUUACUUCCGCAUUCCGGAGGCAGAUUAUGGAGACGGCGACAACAAGCUGGGGCGGGUUCAAUUCCACCGAGAUCCCCAGCUGCUCCACAAUGAGACGGCGCUCGGGAUCGCUUACAGCGACAACGAAAUCACCAAAAUGGAAAGUCGCCAAAAUAUCAGCUUCACCUCUGACCUUGGCGUGAGCGGCGAGAAUGUUUCUCGCGCAGACUCGGAUGAUCAAGACUGGGAGCUGUACCCGUCGAACAAUCUAUCUGACAUCGCCGGCAUCAUGUUUUACAAGUCACGGAAUGAGUUCCAUAGGAACCGGGCAAUGGAGCAGCCCCGAAGAGAGGAAUCCAACUCAGGUCUUCAGUCCAAUAUGAUCAGUCUGAGCCCCACACCCUGGAACACAACGAGCACUUUGCACCACUCACUCUUUUAUAGCAACUUUCGAAGCACCGCGAAGCAGAACAGUCUGCGAGCUUUGUGUAAGAACACUUCCCUGAACGCAGCCCUGCCUGUCCUGUGCCCAGAUCUGCAGGCCAACCUGACGGCCAGGCUCAGCAAUGAGAACUUCACCAGCUACUCAAAGACUGGUCCAAACAGUCAGCAAGUUGAAGACUUGGAUGAGGCAACUGACAAACUUGAUGCGGGUUUGGAUCUUGAAACCAAGACCGGAACCGAGGACAAAUUCAGCUACAGCUUGCUGACGGAUGCCACUUACUCACUUUCCAAUUCCACUUCGUUUCACCUCUUGAACUUUGUGAAUAACCACAAGGCGGAACCAGUUCAGGCUCCGGACACUGAAAGCAAUGAGUUUGAAGACGGAGAGAUUGAUCAUGACAUCAGCCUGGCCGACAUGUACAGAUGGAAGGUAUCGGCGUACGCACCCUGCAGUUCCACAUGUACCACAGGGAUUACCACUUCAUAUGCGAUGUGUGUCCGAUAUGACGGGGUGGAGGUGGAUGAAUCGCACUGCGAUGCAGUGACCAGACCUGAACCAACUCAUGAAUUUUGUUCAGGAAGAGAAUGUCCUCCAAGGUGGGAGACCAGCAGAUGGAGUGAGUGUUCCCGGACGUGCGGGGAGGGCUACCAGUUCAGGACGGUGCGCUGCUGGAAGAUGAUCGCCCCCGGUUUCGACAGCUCCGUUUACGAUGAGCUGUGCGACACCACUGAGCUGACCAAGCCUGUGGAGCGCAAACUCUGCCGAAACAAGAGCUGCGGGCCGCAGUGGGAGGUGUCGGAAUGGUCUGAGUGUUCUGCCAGGUGUGGGAGCAGAGGAGCCAUGAGACGGGAGGUCCGCUGUUCUGUGGAGCCGCGUCUGUGCGAUGAGUCAACUAAGCCAAGCAACAAGAAGGAAUGCCUGGGGCCCCCCUGCGACCGGCGCUGGACGGCGUCCGACUGGGGACCGUGCUCGGGGGCGUGUGGAGAGGGACGGAUGACGCGUUACGUGGUGUGCCGGAACAACGAGGGCAAGAUCUUAUCGGACUCCCAAUGCGACCCUGUGGCGAAGCCCCUGGCGGUGCAUCCCUGUGGAGAUAAAAACUGCCGCGCUCACUGGGUCUCGCAGGAGUGGGAGCAGUGCAAUGCCACCUGUGGCCGGGGUAAGAAAACUCGAAGAAUCCUGUGUGCUGGCUUAGAAAACGGGGUUUAUAAAGAGUACGAGGAGCCAGGGUGUGAUCUCUCCAAAAAGCCAGAAGAGGAGGCAGCAUGUUUCGAGAGACCCUGCUCAAAGUGGUUUACAACAUCCUGGUCACAGUGCAGUAAAACCUGCGGGAACGGAGUCCAGGUUCGAGAGGUCAAAUGCUACCAAGGAGACGAGCUCGGGCAAGGGUGUGAUCCAUCCACGAAACCUGAGGCGAAACAGACAUGUGAAGUCCAGCUAUGUCCCACUGAGGCCCCUGAUGACAAUUGCCAGGAUAAGGUGACGGCUAAUUGUGCACUGGUGCUGAAGGUGAAGCUGUGCACGCACUGGUACUACAGGAAGGCUUGCUGCAGAUCCUGCAGAAACAGAGCGUAGUAACCCCAUCACCUCUUCAUACUGCAGCAACAGAAAAUACUCGGUCCUUUUAUUUUGGUGCGGGGUGGUGGUGGGGGAGGAGGAGGCUUGUUACGUUCAGUCAUGUUCAGUAUGAACCUGCUUACAACUAAAAGAAAAUGCAUCCCUGCCCUCAACAUGUAUUCGAUCCUAUGGGAGACUGGAAUGCACUCUGCUCACUCCAGUCUCCCACACCUUUUUAGUGCGGUGCGCGGAGGACGCACUUGGGACUUAAUUCACCGGAAAUGCUGUGAUCUAGGUAUUCCUUAAUGAUAUUCCUUUAGAAUAGAGUUAAGAAUUCCCGUCAACCUGUGAGAAUUUUGCUUGGAAGUAGAGUUCCAUCAAUGAAGCGACAUACUUCAGCUGACUUGUGUAUUCAAAUUCUUUAUAAUGGGAUCCCGUUAAGUAAUGCCAUAAAUUAGUGCUGCCGGGACUCUCCUGGACUGAUUCAAGUCCUCCACCCGGUGAGGGGGGCCUUUGUUUUUGAGGGUAUCAUUUUGCCCCUUUAUCUCCCCCUCUUGAAUUUUGUGCCCGCCUCUUAACUCUCUGUGAUGCUGACCUGCCUGCUGUCAAGCGGCAUGUGAUGGUAUUCUGAAGACUCGUCACCCAUUUCCACUCCCCCUCACUAUCAAUCUGUCCCCUGCCCCUGUGGGAAGCACCUCGACUUGAUGGAGCAAUUAAGGUGGAGGAAGUGGUGAUGGAGCUCUGCCCUCCAGUGAUAUUCUGUGCUAAGGACACAAUGGAGAUGAGUUCCAUAAGCAUGUUUCACACUUAGGCGAACACAUACACAGUUGCACAAACCCUUCUUGUAUGACUUUGCCUUCUUGGACGAGGUAUUUUAAACAACAACAAGAACAACCCCCUUAACACUGAGCAAAGGCUCAUGUUUUUCAAGAGGACACGGUCUGCAUUGAUGUUCCAAAUGAAAGCCAAAAUAAAUGUGAUUGUUUUGGGGGAUGUAUUUUCUGAUUGUACUUUGCAGCUUUAACAUCUGGCAACUAGACUGUAAUACGAGUGCUCUCAAACAUUACUUGUACAGUGACCUGUUAGAAUUAUUUUACAACAGAUUAUCUGUGUACUGUAGCUAUAUUAUUAGAAACCUUUUGUACAGCAAUAAAUAAGAAUGUGACUUUU